AUGAGCAAUUGCGAGCGACAGCCGAACCAGCUUGCUUCCGAAACCAGCCAGCACGGUUUUGAAUGCGAACAACAUGCCGCUCUCAUCACCGACGACGGAUGUAUCAGCCUCGACCAGCUGGAUGGCUCUUUUGAGGAAAUGACUUCCUCCUUACAACGCCGUCGGCGGCAGAGACGUGAGGCGGAACUUCGUCUCCGCGGCCCUCCCAUUUCUCUCGCGCUUACAGGCGCGAACUCUAUUGCCAUUCGACCUAGGCCUAGUCUAGCGCGCGAUUCGGAAGGCCCUAUUUCUUAUGAUUCGAAUUCGUCUUCUCACCUUGGUCCUUACCCGGUCACUAAUCCCCACCCCAGUAGGUAUGAGGAUGGAGAAGUCCGGCGCUACGGGGCCGGAGAAUCCUACCGACCAUUCAACCGUGAUCGAUCACCGCCACCCCGCGCGCGAAGCCCGUUGAGGGAUCGGCCCCGGACCCCGCCAGUGGCCAGCGACAGUUACGUACCUGGCAGGUCUCCCCGUCGCCGGUCGCGCAGCGUAGACCGCUUCAGGCGAGAACGGUCCAGAGAGCGGGGCGGCGGCGAAAGCUGGCGCCGCAGCCGGAGCAGGGUCCGAAGCCCCAUUCGCCGCCUUUCACCACGACGGAGUCCUAUCAGACGCACACCUCCCCGGUUCAUCUCGCCGCGCCGGGACGAUCGAGGCCUUGAUAGAAGAGACGACAGGAGGGACGACCGAAGGGACGACCGGAGGGAUGACCGGAGAGACGACCGGAGAGACGACCGGAGGGAUGAUCGAGAUGAGCGGCCCAGGUCACCCAUGCGCCGGGACUUUGAGAUGAGAGACAUCAGGCGCAGGUCACGGUCGCCGUUCGAGAGGGAUAGGCCGCUGAUCCGUCGGGACCGGUCACCACCUCGACGCUCGCCGCCUCCCGGGCCACGCGGAGGUGGCAUGUAUCGCCCCCGCUCUCGAACCCCGGAUCGACGAGAUCGUGAUGACCGCUACGUGGGGCCAUCGUAUCGGCGCCCGUCACCGCCGCCGCUUCGAGACUCCAUGCACUCUUCUGCACUGCCGUCGCGGUCUGUGUCGGGCAGGUCCUCGCCUAGGCCCACGUCUGUUCGCCGAGACGACCGGUCCGUACCGCAGUCGCCGGCUGCGCGGUCUCACAUAUCGAACGCGCCGACGCCUACUACGGCACUCCCGCCGGUUCGUGACACCCCAAAGCCACCGCCGCCGCCUCCUCAAUCCUCACAACCACCUCUAGCCAGCCAGCCCACCCCAAAACCCCACGCGGGAGAUGCCCAUUCGACUCCGGUGAAGUCUCCCCCCAGAGGGCCCGCGGCUCUUAGGGCGCCGCCUACAGGGCCUGCGGCAGCGAGGAACUUCACCGCCCCAGCAACACCGCAAGCCGCACCAUCCCCCCGUCAUCUUCCCCCAGGCCCCACACCGUCCCGUCAUGGCGCCGCCAGCCCCACGGCUCCCCCUUCCGGCCCUCGCGGUUAUGUUCCGCCGUCCCGAGGAGCCAGCUUCACCGGCCGCGGAGGCAGUAGGGGUGCCUGGCCCGCCGGCCCAGCGCGUCAUUCCAUCUCGGGCAGCACCCAAACCGGCUCACCUACCGUCACCCCCGGCGGACCCAACAGCGGCAUCCCGACCGGUCCCAGAGCCCAAUCCACCUCAUCCGCCUCGGGCUCCCCUUCCCUGACCUCCAAACCCUUCAACCCACCCACAGGCCCAUCCUCCGGCGGCGGCGGCGGCGGCAUCGCAAGCCACAGCCACGCGCGGCCGACACUGGCGCAGAACCUGCUCAACACGAUGCCGCCCAUAAUCCCGGGGGGUAAGAUCGACCCGAUGGCGCUGCCGGUGGAGCUGGAUCCGCACCACCGGCGCAUGCGCGAGGAGGAGGAGCGGCUCCGCGAGGAGCUGCGCGCCAAGCAGGAGAAGCUGCGCAAGAGCCUGCGCGUGUGGGACAAGCUUGAGCGCGAGAGUAAGGGCUUCGAGCUCAAGAGUGACCUGAGCGAGCGCAGCCUGAAGAAUAUCGCUGGGGAAGGGCUGGGCGGCGCGGCGUUUUAG